CAGCUGCCGCUGAGGCUGCAGCCACUGGCCCGGGACUCUCCGCCCUUGAGCUUGAACCUGUACCCCAUCCCCAUAGCUGCUCCCUCGGAGCCGGAUCCAGGAGGAUUGCCCUGCGGCCGCCACCUCCUCCUACUCCUUUUCCUCUCCCCAGACAUGGAGUGAAGAGGCUUGGAAGCCAGGGCAUUGGCGCUGACCCGGGCUAGCCUCCUCUUCCUCCUCCUCCUCUUCUUCUUCCUUGUCCUCCUCCCCCCUCCUUCCUCCUCCUCCUCCUCUUCGUCCUCCUCCAUCAUCGUCUCCUCCUCCUCCUCCUCCUUCUCCACCUCCAUCAAUCCCCUUCCUGCUGCCGCUCCUGGCCCCGGUGGAUGCCAUCCCGGAGCCCGCGUGCUGCCACCGCUGCCGCCAGCGGGGAGGGGGGCUCCUGGGUCCGCCGGCUCAGCCCGGGGAGGCGUACAUGCCCCGGCUGCCCCCGGCUCUCACCAGCAGCAUGCUUUAUUUCCAGAUGGUGAUCAUGGCAGGGACGGUGAUGCUGGCUUAUUACUUCGAGUACACGGACACGUUCACCGUCAAUGUACAGGGCUUCUUCUGCAACGACAACGCCUACCGCAAGCCCUACCCGGGCCCGGAGGACAGCAGCGCUGUGCCGCCCGUGCUUCUCUACUCACUGGCUGCUGGGGUCCCCGUCCUAGUGAUAAUAGUUGGAGAAACUGCUGUGUUUUGCCUACAACUAGCCACAAGGGAUUUUGAAAACCAAGAAAAAACUAUUUUAACUGGAGACUGUUGCUAUAUAAAUCCACUGGUACGCAGAACUGUCCGAUUUCUUGGGAUUUAUACAUUUGGGCUGUUUGCUACAGAUAUCUUUGUGAAUGCUGGACAGGUAGUGACAGGGAAUCUGGCUCCACAUUUCCUUGCUCUCUGCAAGCCCAACUACACAGCUCUUGGGUGUCAACAGUUCACGCAGUUCAUCAGUGGUGAAGAGGCCUGUACUGGUAACCCAGAUCUCAUCAUGAGAGCUAGAAAAACCUUCCCUUCCAAAGAAGCAGCUCUGAGCGUGUAUGCAGCGAUGUAUCUGGCAAUGUACAUCACCAACACUAUAAAAGCCAAAGGAACAAGACUUGCUAAACCAGUUCUAUGCUUGGGCUUAAUGUGUUUGGCCUUUCUCACUGGACUCAAUAGAGUAGCAGAAUAUCGAAAUCACUGGUCAGACGUGAUAGCAGGCUUUCUUGUUGGGAUAUCAAUAGCAGUAUUUUUGGUCGUAUGUGUGGUAAACAAUUUCAAAGGAAGACAACCAGAAAAUGAACACAUACACAUGGACAAUCUGGCACAGAUGCCAAUGAUCAGCAUUCCUCGAGUAGAAAGUCCCUUAGAAAAGAACCACAUCACGGCCUUCGCAGAAGUCACAUGAUGUUGAAUUGGAUGCUUUUUCACUGCACUGGACAUCAUCCCUUUUCACAGUCCAUUCAUGAGUCCCAAAGUUUUUUGACAGCAGGAUCAGUUUAUAAAAAUGUUUGAUCACUGAUCAUUCAUACAGUAUUGAGGUCUAUGUCAACUUUAUUUUGAAAAGAUACUCCUUAAAUAUUCAACUUCCAUGUUACAGUCCCACAAAACCACCUUGAGUAUGAAAAGCAAACUAUAUGCUCACCAGAUUUAUAUGAGAAAACCCACUAUCUGGGUCUACUUAAGCUUUUCAAUUAUCCCCAUAUCUAUUCAGCAGUAUGCUAUAUUUAGUUUAAAACAGGCUUUCAGAUUCAAAAAGUUUCGGGAGUUUUGUGUCUUUUUUCUUGCUUUCAGCACAGUCAUUUUCAUUGACAUAUUUCUGUGUGUAAAAUUUCUUUUUUAAAACAUGUUAUGUACUCAAAUAACAUUUGCACAUUGUAUGAUAGUACACCUCUUAAAAUACCAUUCCUCCUGAAUAUUCUCAGACUGGUGCUCCUGCUUUUGAAGGGAAAAUGCCCAUUUUUACUGUAAUGAGUAAUGUAUCAUAAUUAAAAAUAUAUUUAUUUGGAUUUUUCCUGAUAGUUGUGGUUGAAAUGUUGAACUAUAGGGAUUUUUUUUUGAAUGCAGAUUGUAUGUAGGAUAGUUGGAAUAAGAAUAUAAAACAGGGAUGACUUUUAUUGGCCAAUACUGUGUUGGUAGCAGUAUCUCAGAAUAGGUAAAAGGCUCCAUCCUGGACACUGUCCACUUAAAAUUUCUAUGUAAUUUAAAUGGGAAAGAGGUACACUAUUAUAUAUCAUCUAAGUUAUAACAAAGUCACAAAGAUGGUUAGCAUAUCAUCUUUGCACAUACCUUGUAUUUUGAACAAGAGGGUGAUGAGACUGAGAAAGAAGGUAUUGGUGUUGUGGUAAAAAAAAUGUAAGUUUUAGCUGAAUCAUUUGAGAGUUCCAUUCAAUUAACAAGCAUUUAUUAAACACUUCCUAACUUCAUGGCACUGUGUUUAGUGCUGGAGAUGCAAAGGAAAACAAUAUAAUCCCUACCCUCAAAGAAGUUACAUGCUACUAUGGGAUGUGUCAUGUAUAUAGAGAAGUAAAAAUAGAAUAAUUUAAGGAGGAAGAAAGCACUGGCAAGUGGGAUAUCAGGAAAGGUUUCAUGGAGUUUGUAGCACCUCAGCUACAUCUGGAAGGAAGCUUUGUAGAAUGAAGAUGAAAUAUCCUAUAGGAAAAUUCACUUUUUGUUUGUUUCUCUAGCAAAGACUUUGAAACCUGGCAUUGUAGAUGCUCUUGAGGUAUCUUUGGCCUGCAUGAUUAGCUAGAAUUUAUUGUAAUCUAUCUCUUUGAUCCUUAUAAUGUGAUAAGAAUAUACUCGAUUCCCUCGGAAAUUUCUCCAAACAGACACAAAGACUUCUGUCCAAUGGGAGAUAAAGUCUAUGGCUUUCUCUGAUUAUUACUGGAAGUGAAGUUUCAUUAUGUCUGACCAAUGGAGUAUCUCUAUCUCCAUCUAAGAAUUCAACAGUAUUGUAUUUUGAUAAUAUGACUAUGUGUUCUUGUGCUAGAACUUGAACUAUUGAUCCAAAAGCAACAAUAACCCAUUUUCCAAAACUAUCAUAAUCUCUUACAGUUGUGGGGUUGUUUCAAAUGGCAAAGUACAAAAUUAGGUAACUUGGGCAAGUAACAUCCUCUCUGCACCUCAUUUUCUUCAUUCAGAAAAUGAGGGGUUUGAACUAGAUGACCUCUAGCGUUCCUUCUAUCUCAAAAUCUACAGUGGGAUUAUCUCAUUUGAUCCUCACAAGAGCCUAUGAGUUAAAUAGAAUCGAUAUUAGUAUCUCCAUUUUACAGAUAAGGACACUGAAGUUGAGAUGAUUUUAACGUGACUUCUAAUAGGGCAUACAAUUAGCAAAUGGUAAGAGUUGGGAUUAAAAUCUAAGUCUUUUCCCAGCACUCUUUGGAAAGGAAGGGAAACAGAGGGGAAUCAGAAUAGUUCCUUAGCCAGAAUAAGUACCAGUAAGAUUAGCCAAGUCUGGUUAUUUCUAUUAUAGCAUCCACUUUCCAAGGACCAAACCUUUUGUAUAUCUAUUUCCAUUUGACAGUAACUGCCUUAGAAAUGUGUGAGAAAGGUCAACAUUGCACAUUAAAUAGAUACUGCUUGGAGUAGUCAUUAGAAUAUUGGACUUCAAGUCAGGAAAAUCUGAGUUUGAAUCCCAUGUCUGACACUUAACUAGCAAUGUGACACUAGAUAAAUCAUUUAAUCUCUGUGUGCAGUUCUCUAGGACUCAGGGAGAAAGUGUAUCUGAGUCAGAAAACUGAAUUCAGAUUCUAGUUCUGCCAUUGAAUACCCAUGUGACCAUGGGCAAGUAGCCCUUUCUGAGGCCUGGGUUUUCUCAUCCAUAUAAUGUCACAGUUGGCACUUAGAUGAACCCCAAGUUCCCUUAUAACUCUGAAUCUGCAAUCCUAUGAUCUACUAAGUCAUAGAUUGCAAUCUUCAUUGGUUCAUCCUUAUGAAAUCACUGGUCUUUCAUGUUAUCAUGUAAAGACACAUUGAAUCAUGUCUUAAAUUUCAACAGAGGGGAUAGAAUUUCAAGCAUGUUCAAAAGCACAAUUCUGUUAAAAACCUGACCUAGUUAAGCCUGAGUAAAGUCAAGUCAGCUACAGUGUUCGAAGAUCAAAGAUCCUUGGGUUAACUUUUUACAAUAUAUGACUCAUUGAUCCCACCACAUAGAAAAGUAUAUAUAACAUAUAUGUGUGUGUAUUUACAUAUACACACAUGUACACAUAUAUGCACAUAUAUGCUUUAUAUGUAUAAAAUAUGAAAUGCCAGGAGAGAGCCUUUAACCUUGAUACUGUUACUCAGAAUAAUGGGGGAAAAAUAAUUGAAACAUGAAUAUGUAAAAAUGUAUAUAUUAUAGAGAGAAUAAGCAAA